UGUAACUGCGGAGAGCGGAUCGUGGGGGAGGGAAGCGGAUGAGAGAGAAGAAAUGAAGAAGAAGAAGAAGCAAAAGUAUGAAAGAGUGCGUUGAUAUUUGAAGUUGGUUAGAGACAGUUUUAGUUUUAGCAGGAAAAAAGGUGUCUGAAUCGCCCAAAUAUGGAAAAUGGCUAAAACGGAGGCGAUGAUCGUGGGAGGAACAGUGUGUGAAAUAGAGAUUCAAAAAGGGGUUGGGGCUGUGGGUUUUUUGGGCACUGCAUUGGGGUUGAGGAAUUUCUUCUUCUUUCAUACUGGUCAAAGGGGAGCGGGAGGGCUCUCUUUCUCAAUUUUGCCGGUGACCCAACUGGUUUCUCUCGCGCUCCCAUUCUUCUUUUCGUCUCCCUGAAUGCCUUAAUCAGUGUUCAGGAACAUUCUGGUGAUUUAAAUGCAAAGGGGCGAGGGAUUAAUAGGUUGUGAUGGAUUCCAGAAAAUUGGGUGGAAAACGGCGUGCAUUUGUUAAUCAUGCAUAAACUGAAGUACAAAGCUGCAUCUGAUAUAUUUCAACUUAAUCUGACCUUAAUGGGGAAGACAGAUCCUUAGGGAAAACCGUGAUAAUAUUUGAAUUCAUUGGCAUGCAACUGUCAGUAAGCUGCAUGAACAAGAUGGCCAUUGUGGUUAAUCAGCAUCGUGAAUUUAAACCAUUCUGCCGGUCUCAGAGAUGUAAUCAAUCUUAUAGUCAUCUUCACUACAGCAAUGGUGAAAUCGACCGAACCAAUCUUGUGAAUUCGUUGAGAGAAGCAUUUGAAGUUGCUUGUAUACAUCGAAGCUUUUCGACACCGUGUCUAUCUUUGGUAGAAGAAGUUGAGAACAAACCAAGAAUAAAAAUGGUGGUUGGCCGUAGUACUGCACGGCUACAUGCUGUGAUAGAAGAGGCUGCAAACGCUUUGGCAUGUGGUGUGGAUCCGGUACCGGUGUCGAGUGGGUUAGGUGGUGCCUAUAUCUUGUGUAAUGAAAGUGGGGUUAACAUUGCUGUGACAAAGCCUAUCGAUGAAGAACCAUUUGCCUGUAAUAAUCCAAAAGGUUUUGUAGGUAGGUUGAUGGGUCAACCUGGUUUGAAACGCUCGGUUCGAAUUGGUGAAACUGGGAUUCGUGAAUUGGCAGCUUAUCUGCUCGACUAUGGUGGCUUCGUCGGUGUUCCUCCAACAGCUUUGGUGGAAAUUUCUCAUGUUGGAUUCCAUGUUAAUGAUUCAUUUGGGACUCCAACAAUAACUCCUCCUCCGUGCAAGAUUGCAUCACUCCAGAGUUACGUAGAUCAUGAUUGUGAUGCUGGAGAGCUGGGUCCGUCUAGCUUCUCGGUCGCUGCUGUUCAUCGCAUUGGGAUUUUUGAUAUCAGACUCCUAAAUAUUGAUAGGCAUGCAGGCAAUUUACUUGUGAAGAAGAAGCAAAGGCAUGAGAAUUGUGGUGUUGGGGAGGUCGAGCUCGUGCCGAUUGAUCAUGGACUUUGCCUUCCCGAGUGGCUCGAUGAUCCGUAUUUUGAAUGGCUUCACUGGCCUCAGGCCUCAGUUCCUUUCUCUGAGACUGAACUUGAGUACAUUGCCAAUCUGGAUCCCUUCAAAGAUGCACAACUCUUGAGAUCUGAGCUUCCUGGUAUAAGGGAGGCCUCCAUUAGAAUUCUCAUUCUGUGUACCAUUUUUCUGAAAAAAGCUGUAGCUUUUGGACUUUGUCUUGCUGACAUUGGCGAAAUGAUGACCCGGGAAUUCGGCUGUGGCGAAGAAAACUUGAGUGCAUUGGAGAACCUUUGUGCUCGAGCUGUGGCCCUUGUACCAAUUAUCGGUUCAGGCGAACACGAAAACGAAGACCCGGAAAUGUUUCAAUUCGAAAGCGAACGCAAAUAUGGUCACAACAAAGAGGAUUUUUAUUAUCCCCAAUGCCAAGACACUCCUGAAGUUAACCUCCCAUGUCCUCUAACUCAAUCAAACACUACUACUACUACUACUAUUACUACAACAACAACAACAGCAUUGUUCAACACACACAAUGACCACAUCAGUGACAUGUUUCUGAAAACUAGUAACCACACCAGUUUGAUCAAGAGCAAGAGUUUCUCUGUGCGGAAUCUUCACAGCGAGAGCGGGGCGAUCAUGUUCGGAGAAAUGAGUUGGGAAGAGUGGGAGCUGUUCUUGGUUAGUUUCGAGAAGCUCUUACCAGAAGCACUCGACAAGACGAGACACGUAGGCUCGAAGUUACUGAGGAUGGGAACUUCUUGCAAGUUCUGAUUUUGUUUAUCAUAUGGAUGUGGAUGUGGUGGAAUGCAGCAGGUUGCCCAUCCUGGUUACUAGAGAAGAAGGAACUGUAUAAUAUAUUUAUAUUUCGUUUAUCAUAGAAUAGAUGAACGACGACGAUGUUGACGAUGACGAUGAUGAUGGAGACGACAGACGACGAUAGUUGCAGAGGGGGAAAAGUGAGUGGUGAGUUAGGCAAGCCAUCCUUUCCUUUGUAUAACGUUUCUUUACACAAAUUUCCUCAUUUUCUUUUGCUUGUGACACGAAUCAAAGGCCUGUAUUGAUUGCGUUUUAGUUUGCAGGUCUUGGAUUUAGUGUGUCCUUAGAAAAUAUUCUUCAGCUCUUUCCCUCUUUUGUAAUCCCAUAAUUCACUUUCUUAUAUAUAAUUUA